AUGUUCAUCAUUCUGGCUGGGUACGGCGAGCAAAUGGACUUACUACUGAGUUCCAAUCCAGGCUUACGGAGUCGAUUCAGAAGAGUCAUGACAUUUGACAGCUUGACGGGAGAGCAGGCCACACAACUUCUCAUUCAAAGCCUCGAUGAUAAAGGUUUCCUAGACACUUCUUCAAUCGGGGUGCCGACGUACGAAACGCACAAGGAACUAUGUGACCGGUUCACCUCCUUGUCCGUGGUCGACGGAUGGGGAAACGCACGCGAUGUCCAUGCGAUCAGUGAAGACAUAGCCCGUAAGGUUCUAUUGGGUUCAAGCGGGCCCGAGGAGACUUUGUCGGUAACCUUUGACGUGAUAUAUGAGGGUUUGCGCGAUAUAGGUCGGCGUCGUGGUGCUAUUCCUCCUACGGUGAUGCCUUCUGUUCCAAAGUAG